UUUCCACACUUCAUAGCUGCAGGCUAGUUAGCUAGCCUGCGAGUUACCUACGAAAAUUGCUAUGAUUUAGAAAAUGUUCUAACGUCUUGGACAACCUUCGCUUACGCAGGUAUUAUAGGAUUUGUACUAAAGCAUUUGUUUGUAAAUAGGUUUAUUGGCUUGUGCUUGUGCCAAGUAACUUCAGUGUUGUAUGUGGAGUUUAAAGAUUAGCCGACAAGCUAGGUGUUGAGCUAACGUUAGCUGCUGACAGUUUAGGUCUGGCUCUUAUAUCUGGAAACACGCUUUACCUUUCCAGCCUGUUUGAUUAUUAGACAGCGCCGUAACAUGAAGUUAUGGAGGAACGAAAGCUAAAGAGAAAGAGUCCCAGGUCCUCAACUAACACUGCGGCUCCGACUGGUAACUCUGGCCGGAAGAAUAGCGCUUCCUCCGGUGGAAAGCAUGUGGGCUACAGCCAUAACACGGGGACUCACUCCAGCCAAAAGAGCAAGAGUCGGAGGGGAGUAAGAGACAAACCUAGAAAUCAGCUGGGUGCGGGUGGUAAAACCAGUCGGAGCCAAGGACAGGCAGCACCUAUCGUCCAACACUCGUUUCUGACCGACGUCUCAGAUGUGCAGGAGAUGGAGAAUGGCCUACUUAGUCUCCUCAACGACUUCCACUCAGGGAAACUACAGGCGUUUGGCAAUGAAUGCUCCAUUGACCAGAUGGAGCAUGUGAGAGAGAUGCAGGAGAAGCUGGCACGUUUGCACUUUGACCUCUACGGUGAGGUGGAUGAAAUGCCUGAAGAUCAGAAGAAAAUGGCCUGUGACACCAACAUGGACAAGUUACUUCUAAACCUUGAGGAGCUGAGUUCAUCUAUUCAGAAACUGAAUCUAGCCGACGCUCAAGAAAUCCCGAGGACAUCCAGCAUGUGAUUUUCUUUUUUUUUUUUUUUUCCCUCUCCUUCUUUUACCUCUUUUGAAUCCACAGUUUGUUUUCUGCCACCUGGAGGUGGAGUAAUAGACGAGGUGGAGGUGAAACAAGUUUUGUGGGUGUGUUUUAACAGAAACGGCAACAACAACAAAGCUGUCCACCAGCAGUCCCUGUCUGCAGGAAGCUGUAUGUACUUUAACAUGGCAUACAUGCACCAGCUGCAAAAUCUGAGUAGAAAAUAAUAUAUUGUUUUCUUACUAAACCUAAAAAGAAAAAAACCGCAGUAAUUAACUUACUUAUGAUUGAAUGUUAUCCUCUCUGGUGAUAUGUCAGGUACAUUAUAUUGUUUUAUGUGGUUGGAAAGAGGUUUAAUAUCCGAUAUUUGUUGGGUAUGAUCAGUACAUCAUAUGAUUACAUAUUAGCUUUGGUGAAUCUAUCAUCUUUUUGUGUAUUUACUAAUAUCCAAAUAAUACAUUUGCAAAACAUUGCUAACCAAAGUAUUCAAAUCAGUGAGUGUUUCACAAACUAAAGACCCCAAGCUUGACUUUUAAAGCUAUAGAAAGAAAUAUUUUUGUAACUAUCUCAACAUACAGCUUUAAUCACUAGCAUAGCUCCAGUUAUGACCCAAAUACAGAAAUAUAGCUCUAUUAAAGUUAAUGCCCAGUACAUUAUAAACAGUAUGUUACUCCAGUUUGAGAUUUUUGUCUAUGAUUUCUUGCUUCAUAUGUGUGGCCUGAUUCCACCUCCAAAACAUUGUUCGCUGUUGAAUAUGUUUGCACAAAUCCUUGAAACGUAAAACACGCUGCACAUUAUUACAGGCGUGUUGGUUGGACGCUGGGAAAAAGACUGAAUUAUCCAAAUGUUGACCAAGCAACCAUGCCUUAAUUUUUAACUAACUUGUUUUUGCCUUAUUGGUUCAUAACUUUUAAGUGACUGGUUAUAAUUUUAACUUUUAUUACAAGUUUAAUAAUCAUUUGAUGCUGCUUUGAUUGUAAAACAGGUAAUUAUGUCAUAUCUUAUUUCAACAAGUGUUGGGGUUGUGGGACGUUAUACUGUUAACUUUUCUGAUUUUAUUUUUAUUGACUUAAUAAAUGUUUUACCAAA